AUGAUUACUCUGAGUUGGAACUGUUGUGUCUUUGGCAAUCCGCGUACAGUUCGUGAAGUGGUGGACCUGGUGUCUCGUAAGAAGCCCGAGUUUGUUUUCCUAAUGGAAACCAAGGUGGGACGGAUGCAUGCAGAGCGUCUCCGUGUCAAGCUUGGUUUCGAGGGAUUAUUUUAUGUUGAAAGUGUUGGUUUAAGUGGAGGUCUGGCUCUAUUUUGGAGGAAGAAUAAUAUUGCGCGAUUGCUGAGCUUCUCCAAGAAUCAUGUGGAUGUUGAGGUGAGCAUGACAUGGCUCGGUGUUUGGAGGAUGACUGGUUUCUAUGGUUUUCCUGAGCGUGGAUGGAGAAGUGCAUCAUGGGAUCUCUUGCGGUCUCUUACAGACAGAUCCGCUCUUCUUUGGGUGGUUUUGGGGGACUUUAAUGAUCUCCUUUUCCAGCAUGAGAAGCGUGGGGGUAAUCCACACCCUGAUAGUCUCCUUCGCGGUUUUGGGGAGGCAAUGGAUAACUAUAGGCUGGUCCAGUUGCCCAUGCAGGGCUAUCAGUUUACGUGGGAGAGGAGCAAGACACUCUUAACUAGAUGGAGGAGAGGUUAUAACAAGGUCUUAGUAAGAGAGGAUUGGUGUGGUUUGUUACCAAAUGCAAGGGUCACCAACAUGUUAACCCGUACUUCUGAUCACUCAGCUUUCUUUCUGGGAGUCAAGGGGGAUGAGCGAGCUACUAGUGGUGUUCGUAGGAUCUUCAGGUUUGAGAUGGCAUGGGUCUAUGAUGAGGGCUGUAGGAAACAGGUGGAGGAUGCGUGGCAGGAGGGAAGAGAGGCGGGGCUGCUUGGCUGCCUUCAGCUUUGUGGGGAAUACCAACGUUUUGAGGUUGAGGUGUGUCAGUUGGAUGCUCAGGAGGAUGCGUUUUGGAAGCAACGGGCGAAGCAUCACUGGUUGAGAGGUGCAGAUGCCAAUACUAAAUUCUUCCACAGGUAUGCUUCUGCUCGUAAGAAGAAGAACACUAUCUCUAGGUUAAAGAAUGACUCUGAUGUGUGGGUGGAGGGGGAGGGUUUGAAUAUUGUUGUGCUUGAUUAUUUUCUUGAUAUUUUUGCAUCAAAUAUUUCUACCUCCUCUGUGGAUACUUUUGUUGCAUCUAUAGCCCCCCGUGUCUCUCAGGAGCAGAAUGUAGCCCUUCUUAGGCCUUUUGAGGCGGAGGAAGUUAAGGCUGCUCUUUUUUCUAUGUUUCCUGAUAAAGCCCCUGACCCUGAUGGCAUGAAUCCGAGAUUUUAUCAGCAUUAUUGGGAUGUGGUGGGAGGUGAUGUCUCUUCUUUUGUGCUUAAAUGUCUGAAUGAGUGCUCCUUUCCGGUUGGCCUUAGUGAUACGAAUGUUGUGCUUAUCCCUAAGAAGGACUAUCCGGAAAGGGUGUUUAAUCUUCGCCCUAUAGACCUGUACAAUGUGGUUUACAAGAUCAUGGCCAAGAUGGUGGCUAAUAGGAUGAAGCCUUUGCUGCAGAGGUGGGCCAUAUCCUCAAUAGGAAGCAAUGUGGUGUGUUAG